UGAUAUUCUAAAUAUGAUCAGAAGUAUCAUUGUGAUGUGAUGUGAUGUAUCAAAUAAUCAUAGUGAAAGUGGGAUCCGUUGGGUGGCAGAGUCACGUUGACGCAUACACACUUCUAUUUCUUUUAACAAUUAUUAAUUAAUAAAUAAUUCAAUUUCUUGAUUUUCAUUUCGCUGAUCAUCAUUCACAAUUCGCAUCAGAAUCAUCUUUACAAUCUUGUAGACUUUACUGUUUAAAUUUCCAAUUAUGAAAUCAUUCUGCUGGCGGUUGCCCGACGCCGCCGCUCUUUCAUUAACCGCUGAUGUUCAGUUACGGCGGCCGGAGGUGGCCGCCGGAAUUUGCGGGAUCAGAUAUGGUUAUUCUCCUCGGCGGAUGAGGCUGUUGAGAAUGCGGUUGACGGUGGUUGGGAUCGCCGGCGACGGCAACGUACGGCGGAGCAAGAAGAAGGUGGGACCAUGCUAUUACGCGGUGGAGGAUGGGAGUGUCAGGAAUGAUGAUGUGGCAGAAAGAAGUGGGAAUAAAGCGGCGGAGGUGGCGGUGGCAGCCGCAGCUACGGUGGUGAUGGGUGUCGGAAACAGAGUUCUUUAUAAGUUGGCUUUGGUUCCUUUGAAACAUUAUCCUUUCUUUCUUGCACAGCUUUCCACUUUCGGAUAUGUGAUUGUGUACUUUGGCAUUAUGUAUAUCCGGCACCAUGCUGGCAUUGUUACUGAUGAGAUGUUAAGUGUUCCAAAGACUCCAUUUGUUGUUAUUGGUCUUUUGGAGGCUCUUGCUGCUGCCACUGGAAUGGCUGCAGGAGCAAUUCUCUCUGGAGCUUCCAUUCCAAUUUUGUCUCAGACUUUUCUAGUGUGGCAAAUUCUCCUGUCAAUUAUUUUUCUUGGGAGAAGAUAUAAACUCAACCAAUUACUUGGAUGCUUUCUUGUCACUAUGGGUGUAGUUGUUACUGUAACAAGUGGAGCUGAUGCUGGAAAUUUAUUGAAGGAUGGUGGUUUAUUUUGGAGUCUUUUGAUGAUAGUUUCAUUUUUACUCCAAGCAGCUGGUACCGUGUUGAAGGAGGUAAUCUUUUUGGAUGCAACCACAAAACUGAAGGGAGGUUCUGUUGACCUGUUUGUUGUAAACUCAUAUGGAUCUGCAUUCCAAGCACUAUUCAUAUGCCUUCUUCUCCCUUUCUUGUCAAAAUUAUGGGGUGUCCCCUUCAGUCAACUACCAAAGUACCUCAAAGAUGGUGCAGCUUGCUUCCUAAAUGUUGGUACACUAUCAAGUGGAUGUGAUGGUGCACCCAUGCUUCCAUUGCUGUUUAUUAUUGUAAACAUUGGUUUCAAUGUUGCAUUGCUUCACCUCCUCAAGAUCUCUUCAGCUGUUGUAUCUUGUCUUGCUUCCACAUUUUCAGUCCCAAUAUCCGUCUAUGUGUUCACACUGCCAUUGCCAUACCUUGGUGUUGCCUCCUCUCUUCCAACAGGGUUUGUGGCAGGGGCCAUCAUUCUUAUUACUGGUUCACUCAUUUAUGGUUGGACCCCUUCAAAUGGCUCCUCAAGUGCUUCCUUCUCAUAGGCUUCCAUAGAGAGAGGCUAAGAUGAGUUGAGUUUUCAUUGUAGAAGUCUCUAACAUUAAGUAACAAUUUCAAGCUCACUUUUCAAUGAUGGCUAUAUGAAGGAGAAAGGAAAAUGUUGUUGUAUAUAUAGUAUGCUUAAUCAAUGAAUUGCUAGUAGGAAUUCUUGAUGAACUUAAGCUCAAGUGAUAAAGGAAGGGUAGGUAGGGAUAGAAAAGUUAUUCCUAUCCAAUUUUUGUGUAAGCUGAGAAAAUAAAUAAAUGGAGAAUAAAAAAGUCAAUUUGUUGACUAAGGACUUACAGUUAAUAAGUUUGUAUAUAUUUUCGUCUUUUAAUUCUAUGGUUGUUACAGAAA